GUUUAUAUGGACGAGCGCGCGCUGCGUGGAGUAACUUCAGCACCUGGACAGCGACCUCCGCGAGACAGGCGUCACAUAGCUACAGAAGCGCGCGGCGCCACGCGCUUCGACAUGGCUUGAAAUACCGCAUUAAAGUGCUCCACUGUAGUCUUUUGCUGUCGGAAAGCCGGACUGUUAGGCUGAAUUUGAUCGACACUGAGUACCAGAGCCGAGAAGCGUCGGUUAGUGCGGGUCUCGCUCAUCUUGAGGCUUCACUCUGUGGAGCUGCUCUUCCGGACAGCGCGCGCGAGAAGGAAAAGUAACUGCGUCUCCGCUCAUCUCACUGUAGUCGAAGAUGGAGCCACCCGCCGGGACCGGACUGAAGCUCUUGCUGUGGAUUUUAAGCCACAUCAGCAUCUCUCAGGCAGCUUCUCCAUCAUCCCAAAAAUGUGAUGAAGCUCUGGUCACACCACUCCCCCAUAAUGCCUUCACCAGCUCCUCUGUGUUCACUAGUGGCUAUGCACCUGGAUACGCCAAGCUAAACAAAAGAGGAGGUGCUGGGGGCUGGUCUCCGCUGGACAGUGAUCAUUACCAGUGGCUGCAGGUCGACCUGGGAAGCAGAAAGCAGGUCACAGCCAUCGCCACGCAGGGUCGAUAUAGCAGCUCUGAUUGGACGACACGCUACCGGCUGCUCUACAGUGACACAGGCAGGAACUGGAAACCAUACCAUCAAGAUGGCAACAUCUGGGCAUUUGCUGGUAACUCCAAUACAGAGAGUGUGGUUCGACAUGACCUGCAAAACCCAACUGUGGCCCGUUAUUUGCGAAUCAUUCCUUUAGACUGGAGUGAAGAGGGACGGAUCGGCCUCAGGUUCGAGAUCUACGGGUGCCCGUAUUGGGCAGAUGUGAUUAAUUUUGACGGGCAGGGGGUGAUCUCUUACCGCUUCAAAAUGAAGAAGAUGAAGAUUUUGAAGGACGUGAUAGCCCUGAAGUUUAAAACAUCAGAGAGCGAAGGGGUGAUUCUGCACGGAGAGGGGCAACAGGGUGACUACAUUACCUUGGAGUUGAGGAGAGGCCGGCUACUGCUGCAGAUAAACCUCGGAAGUAAUCAGUACGGCUCCAUCCUGGGCCAUACAUCUGUGACUAGCGGCAGUCUGCUGGACGAUCAUCAUUGGCAUUCUGUAGUAAUUGAGCGCUACAGGAGAAAUGUCAAUUUUACCCUUGAUCAGCAUACUCAGCACUUCCGCACCAAUGGGGAGUUUGACCACCUUGACCUGGACUAUGAGCUGACUUUUGGAGGAAUGCCAUAUUCCGGGAAGCCAGUCUCAGGAGGUAGAAGAAACUUCAAAGGUUGCAUGGAAAGCAUCAACUACAAUGGAGAGAACAUCACUGACCUGGCCAGAAGAAAAAAACUGGACACGUCUAGUUUCCGCAACCUGACGUUCUCCUGCGUGGACACGCACACGUUCCCCGUCUUCUUCAACGGCACCAGCUUUCUGCAGCUGCCAGGAAGGAGGGACCACAAUAUGGUGUCUGUGGGAUUCCAGUUCCGUACCUGGAACCCCAGCGGCCUGCUCCUGUUCAGCUCCUUGGCAGAUGGAAUGCUGGAAUUGGCUCUAAACGAUGGAAAAGUCACAGCACACAUUAACGUCACUCAGCAGAAAAACAUGCGCGUGGACAUUGCAUCAGGUUCUGGCCUAAAUGAUGGAGAAUGGCAUGAUGUUCGUUUCCUGACCAAAGAGAAUUUUGCCAUGCUGACCAUUGAUGGGGAUGAAGCCUCGGCAGUGAGAACCACCUCGCCUGUUCAGAUCACAACAGGAAGCACGUACCACUUUGGAGGAUACUUCUUAAGAACCAGAGCAUCUCCCAUCCAGCGCUCAUUCCAGGGAUGCAUGCAGCUCAUUCAGGUGGACGAUCAGCUGGCUGACCUCACCGCAGUUGAGCAGGGAAGGAUGGGAGCCUUCGAGAACGUCAGCUUGGACAUGUGUGCCAUCAUUGACAGAUGUAUGCCAAACCACUGUGAACAUGGAGGCCGAUGCAGCCAGACCUGGGAUGGAUUCACAUGCACCUGUGAUGGGACGGGAUACACCGGGGCCACCUGUCACACAUCUGUGUAUGAGCAGUCCUGUGAGGCCUACAAGCAUUUGGGAAGAUCAUCCGAUUCCUACUGGAUUGAUCCAGAUGGAAGCGGACCGUUAGGUCCUUUUAAAGUCAUCUGCAACGUGACAGAGGACAAGGUUUGGACGACCGUGGUGAAUAACCUGCCGGCUCAGACAGCAGUGACUGGCUCCAGCCGGGAGAGACGGACAGUACUGCAGCUGAACUACAGUGCCUCUAUGGAGCAGGUCACAGCUAUAACCAACAGCGCUGAACACUGCGAGCAGCACGUAUCCUACUCCUGCCGAAUGUCACGCCUACUCAACACACCAGAUGGGACUCCUUACACAUGGUGGGUCGGCCGCGGUAACGAAAAGCACUUUUACUGGGGUGGCUCUGUGCCAGGCAUUCAGAAAUGUGCAUGUGGCAUUGAGCGCAACUGCACAGACUCCAAAUACUACUGCAACUGUGAUGCCGACCAGAAGCAGUGGAGGGACGAUUCCGGGCUUCUGGUUUAUAAAGACCACUUACCUGUCAGCCAAGUGGCUGUUGGGGACACAAAUCGACCCGGCUCAGAGGCCAAGCUGACCGUGGGACCUCUCCGUUGCUAUGGAGACCGAAGCUACUGGAACACAGCGUCAUUCAACACGCCGUCCUCGUACCUGCACUUCUCCACUUUCCAAGGAGAAACAAGUGCUGAUAUAUCAUUUUACUUCAAGACCUCUGCACCCUAUGGUGUGUUCCUGGAAAACCUUGGAAACAUGGAUUUCAUCCGCCUGGAGUUGAAAUCCCCCAUGGUGGUGUCGUUUUCGUUCGAUGUAGGAAACGGGCCGGUGGAACUGAACGUGCAUUCCCCUACCCCAGUGAACGAUGACCAGUGGCACCGGGUCAGUGCAGAGAGGAACACGAAAGAGGCCAUUCUGCAGCUAGACCAAAAAUACAAAGAGGUGCGACCUGCACCUACACAGGGACACACACGCCUGGAGCUCUACAGCCAGCUUUAUGUGGGUUCAGCGGGAGGUCAGAGAGGAUUUCUUGGAUGUAUCCGCUCUCUGAAGAUGAACGGGGUGACACUUGACUUGGAAGAGAGGGCAAAAGUCACUCCUGGUGUAAAACCUGGUUGUUCGGGUCACUGCACCAGUUUUGGGAUGUAUUGCCGUAACGGCGGCAAGUGUGAGGAGAAAUACAACGGCUAUUCCUGCGACUGCUCCACCACUGCUUACGAUGGGCCUUUCUGUUCAAAAGAUGUUGGUGGUUUCUUUGAGGCAGGAACACUGGUCAAGUAUAAUCUGGUACCUGAAGUGGUGGCUGCAGCUUCCAGCCUGGAUGAGAAGAGCAUUAUCCUCAACCAUCCUGUCGAGACCAACCUGACACGAGAAGACCUGACCUUCAGCUUUAGCACCUCAACUUCUCCCAGCCUUCUAGUCUAUGUCAGCUCAAAAACACAGGAUUACAUGGCUGUGGUGCUUCGACACAAUGGUACGCUGCAGCUGCGGUACAACUUGGGUGGUCUCAGAGAACCCUUCAGUAUUGAUAUUGACCAGAGGAACUUGGCCAACGGGCAGCCUCACACCGUCAACAUCUCACGGGUGGAUAGAGACAUAGAAGUGCAGCUGGAUCAUUAUCCCCCAGUCAGUUACUCCCUGCCUGAAGCCUCAGACACACAGUUCUCCCUGGUGAAGUCCCUCUUCCUGGGUAAAGUCUUUGAAACCGGGUACGUUGAUCCAGUGAUAAUUGAAAAAUACAACACCCCCGGGUUUGUGGGUUGCCUGUCCAGAGUUCGGUUCAACAGCAUUGCUCCUCUGAAAGCCGCUCUCAGGUCCCGUGCGUCUGGGCCCGUCUCUCACCAGGGUAAACUGGUGGAAUCCAACUGCGGAGCUUCACCCCUCACCAUCCCACCCAUGUCUGCUGCGACCGACCCGUGGCACCUCGACGCAGGUGCUGAUUUCCCCUUCAAUGAGGAAAGAGUGAUACCGGAUGGAGUUAAUAGGAAUUCAGCUAUAAUAGGAGGUAUCAUUGCAGUGGUGAUCUUCACUAUUCUGUGCACACUGGUGUUUCUGAUCCGGUACAUGUUCCGCCAUAAAGGCACCUACCACACCAACGAGGCCAAGGGAGGAGAGUCAUCAGAGUCAGCCGACGCGGCCAUUAUCGGCACGGAGGCCAAUUUCACAGAGACCAUCGACGAGAGCAAGAAAGAAUGGUUCAUCUAAUGGGGGUGUACGGACUCUUUCAGAAUCUUUUUUUGAGUAUCAGAACUAACGUUUUGGGAUCAAGCUCAUCACCAGUUUGAGAAACUGUCCUGUACAUAGUGACUGGCUUGUCUCUUUCUAUUGUGUUUUGCCAGAAGUCUUUUAAGUGUGUAAUCUCUGGAUCACAUUAAUAAAUAAUUUCACCACGUGUUCUUUUUUUUAACACAAACAUAAUUAUUUGCCAAAAUCCUCUUUUAUGGAAAAUUUUUACGUAAGAUUAUUAUUCAUUUUUCUUCACAUGCUUAAUCUAACAAAAAAAAAACUUGUGUGGAAAAUGUUUUUAGACAGACUGUAAAUGUUAAAUGCUCUAUAUGAUUUUUUUUUUAAUUCAGUGCACAAAGACAGAUAUAUACGUUAAAGAUGACAUCAGAUUGUACAUCAUCAGCGAGGGGGAGAAAAACAAGGCAUGCCUGUUUGUAGCCUUCUGCACUAUGCUUCAGCUAUGCUCGUUUUUUUUCUUGUGGAAGCCUUCGGUUUAUCGUUCCUUGCCAAACACCUCUCAGUCUUAAGCAUUUUUUUUUUGCUGAAGGCAUGUAUCAUGGCAUAAAGAAGUUAUUUUGAGAGAUCAUUUUGUCUGUGAUUCAUUUACGCAGGCUGUGGUAAAGCGUUGGCAUAGUGGCAUCCAUUUGGCAGAUGAAAACCCAGACACGUAUCAUCAGCGUUUGUCGUUGCAGAUGAAGAAGGUGGGACCACUGACACCCAGUUUAAUGACUUAAUUCAAGGUGCCUUUGGGAUUCAGCCAGCCGUCUGUGAAAAAUAUACCUUGCUUAAAUAGAUCAAAUGAGAAUCCCAACAAAUCAAACGGCUGUUUGUAUUUAUUUGACCGAGACGAAGGUAGACCCAAUGUUUAUGUAGUUCGGAACAGCAGUGUAAUAUAAAUUCUUUGUCAAAUUACUUUUUUGUUACUUUUUUUCUAAAUAAAAUGUCAAAUAAAACAAUUUACAUACAGAUUAUUGGUUCUGUCAGAGGCUGGUUCACGGAGUGAUUUUAGCAAAGUGAUGUUGGUCAAUGUAAUGUAUUUAUUUGUUCUGAAUAUAUAGGUGUAGAAUUAUGACCCAUCCGCCGUGUAUUGGAGUAAUUCUGAGUCUCUGAUCUGAAUAGUUUAUAAUUCUCUCAUAGAGAUAUCAAGCUAAAUUGGUUUAUUUCAUCAGCUGUCUUAUUUGUGUGAUUUUGCAAAACAUGAUAUGCUGCAUCUUAUAAUUUUAAAUGAAUAUCAUUUUGAAAGGUGUAUGGGUAAUGAUAUAUAUAUUCGGGAGAAUCUCAGACUAUAGCCAUGUUAUUUUAGUUUAAUAUUUCUCGAAUCGUGGAGCGUAUAAUGAGGGAUUCAUGAGAAUGUUACACUUUUAUAUUCUAAUAUCAAUUUCUUCACCCCUGCUUUACGUUGAAAUUAUAAACAUUGUUUUGUAUUAUUGUAUUAAGGUUAGUCGGUUAGGAUUCACAAUAAAUGAAAUAUAUGAAUAUAUUUUUAUGAGGAUAUUUUGUAGAUGACCUAGCCUUUCAUUGUGUCUCAUCUAUCUGUGUAUUAGAGGGAGGUUUUUCAAAGUGUUCUCAAGAUCUGUGAAGAAAAAAAAAAAAGACGUACUUGAACGUCCCUUGUAUGGAGACAGAAAGCUUCGAUCGUUUUAGCCGUCAUGACCCCUUUUCCUUUACUUUUAACAGUAUUAUAGACAUGUUGAAUUUAUGUUUUGUGAAGGUGAUUUUUCUUUCUUUUUAUGACAAGAGGUUACAAAAUAGUAAAACGUUUAAUAUUAUUUAUUGAACACAGCUCAGCUGCCUCACGUAUGGCACAUGUAUAGGCCUUUUUAUUAAAUGUAAAUACAGAUUUUCUUUUCAACCGCAGCAUUUCAAGGCUUUGACAUUUUAUCGUUUAUGAGUAAAUAUAUGAGUGAAAGUGUAAACAAUAUAUUUACUCAUCUGUAUCUCAUGCUAUGAUUGCAUUCUGCUCGUGUACUCAACUUGUUUUAACGGCAGCAUGACCACUGUACGUGAAAUUGUACAUACUGUACUUUAAACUAUUGUGCAAUAUCACAAUUGUAUUUACUCCCGGGGGCAUAUUUUUUACCUUUUGUUAUGAUGUUGACAAGUCAGGAAUGAAUAGUACAAUACUUUUUAUAUUUAGAGCAACUCAGUUCUCGACUGGCUGUUUAACGUAAAAUAUUUGUACUGACCUCUUUUCAUCCAUCUCAUCGCUGUGUGAGGCCUGAUUGCAAAAUAAGAGAAUUCCUCGUUAAUGUGGCUAUUCUUAUGGGAAGGGAAUAAAAAAAAGUACCUAA